GUUUUGCGCCUUGCUUGCGGUUCUGUGUGUAGAUACAACAAAAAGCUUUCUUUAUAAGAAUACAAAACUAGGGUAAAUACAUGAAAUAUAUUUACUAAAAAGAUAUUUUCAGUUCAUGACUUGUAUUUAAUUUAUGUUACAGCCCACAAUGGCAUAUAAUAAUGUCAACCAGUUUUGCCUACUUCAAGAAUUGACAGGUGCCGCAGAUGAACGGGGUUCUAUCCGGAGAGAGUUUUUGAAAUUUGGCCAAGUUAGAAAGAUAUACGUAGAUCCUGAAGGCACUUACGCAAAAGUUUAUUUUGAAAAUAAUAGGUGUAAUAAAGCAGCGAUUAACGCUUUAAGAGAUAAUUCAUAUGGUUGGCGAGUUUCGCUUUCAGAAGAAAAAAGAGAAUUCAACAGCGAUACAAGUUCCAAUUGCGCAAUGGACGACGUUGUUGUUGCUGAAAGUGAAGAGCUUUAUACUGUACACGGAAAAAAUAUACCAACGUUUGAAGCAGAAACUGGAAAUUUAUAUGUAUCAUUGGACGAUGUGAGAAAGGCUGGUUUAGGUCUUUUUACGAGAGGAGAACUGAACGUUAUAACAAGUAAAAGAAAGGUAGUCCUAGAAGACUUUUAUCAGCAUAUGUUGACUCAGGCUUCCACAUAUUUAUUGAGAAAUAAACCACUGGCGGAAGUUAUUACCGAGGACACUAUUUCCAGUAUGAUAGAACGGUGUAAAAAAACUCUGAUAGGAGAUAGUAUCGGAAAUAAUAAUAGAAACGAAACUCCGUUUUAUCAAGCUCCUGAUAGUUUCCGUCCGCGUAACCAGCCAGCCCAUAGACAUUCAAUGGAGGGCGGAAGGCAGUAUGGUAAAAAGGAGAGCUUUAAUGAUAACACUAACAGCGAUGGUUAUCAAGCUUCGGGCAGUGUCCGCUCGCAUAACCAGUCAGCAGGUAGAUAUUCCAUGGAAAGUGGUGGAAGACAAAAUUUUAAAAAUGAGAGAUCUCAUCCCAGAGAUACAGAUAGACGAUAUGAUUCGAGGAACAAAUCGGAAUCUAGGAGAAAUGUAGAGAAUGGGAACAGCGAUAGGAGGUUUAACAAUAACAAAUUUAACAGUAACAAGUUUAAUUCACCACAAGCAUCGCGAAAUGAAGAUAAUAGAGUCUCAGAAGCAAAUUUGGAGGAUGAAGAAACCUGGGAUUCUAAUAAUCAAUCUAAUUUAGAUGACACCAAAAUUCAAUCAAAUAUACAAAUGGAAAAGAAAUCAAGUAGUGAUCUCCCUCAAAAACGUAAUGAACAAUUCAAAGAAAAACCUGGAGAUUCUGAUAAAGAUAGUAAUGUUGAAGCUGAUAAAAACACUAUUGUUGAAGCUGAUAAAGACACUAAUGUUGAAGCUGAUAAAGGCACUAAUGUUGAAGCUCAUAAAGACACUAAUGUUAAAGUUGAUAAAGGCACUAAAGUUGAAGCUGAUAAAGAGAGAAAUGUUGAAGAAGGGAAGAAUAGUUUAGAGACAAAAAAGAAUUUAAUGGAUCAUGUAAAAUGUUACUUUGAAUUACCAAAACCCAUUAAUACUUUGAAAGAUGGAGAUCAAGUUAAAAUUAUUGACCAAUUUAAUAAUCAACUUGUCGUUAAAACUAAAGAAUGUUUUGCAAAAAGUAAAGAAAUCGUAGAAUAUAUAAAAAAUUUGGAUAAAGACACUUUAUUAUUAAACGAAGUUAAAGAGGGCCAACUGAUUAUAUGUGCUAAAGAUGGCGCGCCGAAUCUUUGCAGAGCCGUUGUGCUUAAAAUAGAUUCACCGACAAUAGCAACAGUGACAUACUUAGAUUAUCCCGGUGAGGAGAAACUUUCCAUCAAAUCCUUAAGAAACGUGGAUGAUUAUUUGGCGAAAGAACCAAUUUGCUUAUUGUUCACACCUGAAAUAAAGCUUUUGGACAGUAUUAGUGACGUGGGUUUGAAUUAUAUUCAAACAUUGAUAGAACAAAAAAGUAAAGUAACUGUGGCAAUUUCUAACGACGAUUUUGAUCUGAAACUGGAAGAUGGUUCGUGUUUAUCAACGAAACUUUUGGAGUUGGAGAAGCCAAAAGUUGAAAUUAAACAAAUUAAGUCCUCUGAAAAAGAGGAAAAAUCUACGGUGGUAAAAGAUAAAGAGCCAGCCAGAGAAACAGAACCAAAUGCGAAAGUAAUGUUUGGAGAAAUUGAUUCAAUUAAACCAGCAGUCGGUUCAUCGGGAAAAUACGUCUGUUCCAAUUUUAAAGAGGAUGAACUAACAUUAAUAUCAAUGGAAGAAGAUGUACUGACCGAAUUCUCACAAUUAACUGAUUUGUUGCAGGAAUUUAAUGACACUAAACCAUAUGAUCCAGAGGCAGGGGAAAUGUGCCUUGUCUUACACAAAUUAGAGGAAACAGGAGAAGAAACAUGGUUCCGAGGGGUUGUUUUGUCUAGUGAUGAUAAUAGUUAUGAGAUUUCGUCGGUAGAUUGUGGAAUUCUAAUUACGGCAACUAAGGAAAAUAUAAGAAGUUUCCCUGCUUAUUUGAAAAAAAUUAAUAUGCUGGGAGUUUUCUGUGAAUUAGUAGAUGUUCCUGACGUACCUGACGUUAAGGACAAACUAAAAUUGCUCAUUGCGGAAGGAAUUCAAUUAGAUGUCACUUUUAAAAGUUAUGACGAAGAUACUACUCUAUAUCAAGUUGUUGUUCCAUCUGUAUAUGCUAAAUUAAAGAAGUAGACUCAAACGACAGGAACUUUUUGUAAUCUCAAUCAUUAGUUUUUAUUAUGUUAAUUACAUUACAUUUUAAUUAUAAUUUUUAUUUACCAUUAUCGUUUAUUAAAAAGGUAACUAUCCAAAU